AUCCUUCCGUAAAGUUCUAGCUUAUGGUAAAGAUAUGGUGGCACCAGCUUAUAUUGCUGUAAACCCUCAUAUUAGCAAAAUGUUUUGGUUCAACAGAGGGCCUGGCGUGGCUAAUUUCACAUUAUGGGAAGCUGGACUAGAUGGUAGCAGCCCUAAACGACUACACGGUAACAUAUCUCAGCCAUUAUGCAUUGCUAUUGACUACAAUACAAGCAUCAUAUAUUGGACACAGUUUAAUCAAGGCACAGGAAUGACGUCAUUAAAGAGUUUUGAUCGUAGAACUAAUCAAAUGAAAUCACCAUAUGACAAUGUGGCGAGGUAUAGUGUAGGCAUGGUGUUUAAGGACAAGUUUUUAUAUGCAGACCAUGACAUCGGAGCCAUAAAAGAAGUUCCCAUUAAUGGCAGAACUGUGACAGCUGCUAAAAUACUUAUUUAUGAAGACGAUUGGAUUCACAAUAUAAAAGCGUUUCAUGGGAGCAUGCAGAAAGGCAACAAUAGUUGUUCAGUAAACAACGGUGGUUGUUCUCAACUUUGUUUCGCCACCUCGCUGACUGAACAUAGAUGUGGUUGCGGUACACAUUUCACCUUGCUGGCUGACGGCAAAACAUGCACAGCCCCACAGCAGUUUAUAAUUUUCACAUCCGGCUCCUUAUUGAUCCGGCUUAUGUUCGAUUCGUCGAAACCGGAAGCAGUCUUGCCUAUAUUCAACGACGAAGCAGUCAGUCAGAUUGAUUACGAUUUCAUGCGCGGAUAUGUGUAUUGGUUGGUGGCAAAGAAAAAUGUCAUUGCCAAAAGUCAACAGCACGGUACGCUACACGAAGUUAUCCACUUGGUUAACGAAACAGAUGAAGACUUGUCUGCUGCUUACGACUUUUCUCUUGACCCGUUCAGUAAUUCUUUAUAUUGGACUGAUAGCUUACAAAACUCUAUAAAUUUUCUCCAGUUAACAACAAAGGCGAAUGGAACUGUGUAUAAAGACACUAAAAAGAUUGUGCAUCCGCGGAAAAUUGUUGUUUUCCCAGAAAUGGCGUUGAUGUUUUGGAAUGACGGAAACACUAACAGAAUUUUCAAAUCAACUCUGGCUGGAACGCAACCGGAAGCACUGAUUCAAUUGCAUAAAGACAGUGUGGUUCGAGAUUUAUCCCUAGACGUAAUACAAAAAAAUGUUUAUUGGUUAGACUCUGGUUUGAGAAGAAUAAGCAGCAUCUCGAUAUUUGGAGGGGAAGUCAGAAAUCAUGACUUACCAAAACAUGGAACUAACCCUGUUUCGAUGGGUAUUUUCUCGAAGUUUGUCUUCUGGGCAGAUAGCAGUACUAAGUUUAUACAUAAGGCCUGGAUUACUAAUGAUUCAUUCGAAGGUGAUACAGGCUUUCAUGGCACGUAUCCUCUCACCAUUGACAUGGUGGUUGUUAACAACAGUAGAAAACGCGAGAGUCAUCCGUGUUUUAUCAAUAAUGGCGGUUGCAGUCACGUGUGUUCCAUUCAUUACGUCAGUGGUAUAGAUAAUACGAAGCGAGAAGAAACCGCGUUGUGUGGUUGCCCGCUUCAUCAGGAAGCGAGAAACAAAACGUGUGUUCAGUCUGCUGCUUGUAAAGAAAAUGAGUUUUUUUGCGUAUUGGAUGGUAUAUGUCUCCCCGAGUCUAAAGUAUGUGAUAAAAAGUGCGAUUGUGGGGAUUGUCACGAUGAAAAAUCAUGCAGUUAUCCUACAGAUUGUUCUACUUCGCUUUAUAAAUGCGGACUAGGCUGCUUUUCUGAGGAACAGAAAUGCGAUAAAAAACAAGACUGUCCAGACAAUGAAGAUGAAAGUGAAGACCUCUGCGCACCAUGCGUGAAAGGACAUUUUCACUGCGGAGGGCAAAUGUGCAUUCCUCUUGAUAUGAAAUGUGAUGGCAAGCCGGAUUGUAGUGAUGGUGGGGAUGAGAAAAAUUGUCAAACAAACGCGACAACCCCGACCGGCUUUCCAAACCCACAACAGGGGUCGAAUAAGUCAAGGUUAAUGUCUGGUAUCAUAUCAGGAAUUGUUAUAUGUGUUAUCGUUAUUGUGUUCGUUAUUUUAUUGUACGUUAAACUACGUAAUUCAAAAAAGAAUGCGGCACGACAACAGGAGAACGGUGCGAUGUGGAGAAUAGAGGAGUUUGAAAACAAAGCCGGCUCCGUAACUAGUGACGACCCGGCGAAAAGUUCUGUGUCUACGUACAUAUCUGCAGUGUCGCACAAUACCGACCCGAUAUCAUAUUAUGAUCGAAAUAAUGUGACGGGUGCAUCAUCUUCUGUAGCGUCCGGAUAUACUCAUAUACCGUACAACCCUCCUCCUUCUCCGAUUGCCUUGUCUACGAUAACAGAAACAAACGAUCCUUAUGCUUCUGCUACGUGUGAACAAUGUAGAAAUUCUAUUCAAGAGACACCUAUGGAGGAGGUCCUGCAUGAUGCUCCUCCUCCUACGCUAGCUUCGACAGGAUUACUAGAAGAGGUCGAUUUAUAUUAUCCUAUACAACAAUCACAUAACUGGAAACCUCCGAAGACUGUAUGUGACAGUUGUGAGACUUCGCGUAGCCGGUCGCGUAAAAAACGGCGCUCCAAUCAUCGUCCGGAGCAUUCGUAUCGCAGCAGUCUUUCGAGAUACCCCAGUAACGCUCCGGAACUGGAGGCUUUGUAUCAAAGUCGUGAAACUAACAUGGACGACCCUUAUGAUCAAAAUUCUUUAUUCGUGGAUCGACAAAGACAUCUCCUCUUUGAUCCACCUCCUACACCCUGUACAUAUUUAUCGGACGAGGAGAGGCCGCCUUCGCCGACAGAGACCGAACAGAGUCUAGCAUUCAGUCCAAUGCACAGGGGUGAGUUGCGACCUCAUUACGCUCCUCCUCCGUCUCCAACUAGUCAGUUAUAACAAGUUUCUUUUUUCAACGUAUUCUUUUUUAUGCAUUGGUGAAAUUUAAAGAAUUUAUUUUUCUUAGAAAACUUUUGGUUAUUUAAUUUUGCGAUAACCAGUAGAUGUAUAUUUCUGAUGUUUUAUCAUUCUUUUAUCCUGAGGAAAGUGUUUACCAUUUUUGCCGUUCGUUAAUUCUAAAAGCUAUGCGAUUCGCUAUGCAAUACGGUAAUCGCGUAAGGUAUAAUAUGACGAACCAUCUGCUUGCGUGCUGUUCUCCUUUCAAACUUCCAUAUUGUAGACUUUGGCUACUACGGAUACUAACUAGGUUUUGGAGCUUUCAAUGUCGAGUACAGUCCAGUAACUUGAACUGUUUUUAUUGAACUUUUGCUAAUACUUUGCACCCCUGAUAACUUCAAAUAAAAGUGUACGAAAUGUUGUGCUAAUUUAACGAAUUUGGUCAAUUCCGGGAAAGUUAGUACCAUUGGGGUAGACAAAAUGUGUAAAAAUUAGUUCUUUUAAAAAAAUUAUUUACUUCAUAGAGACAAACUCCACUCCAGAAAAAGUGGGAGGGUCUUGCAAUUGUCAAGGUUUAUAUAACAAUGGUUGAAUUAGUCGUUAAGUCAAACUAUUUUUUCAUUUUCGCCAAAGUUCACGUUGUUGAAUGCCUCGAUCACCCGAACUAUUAUAACAGUGUAUACUGUAUUUGUUUUAGUUUUAGAGCCUAGAAAACGUGCAGCAUUUUAACUAAUUUUUUGUGAAUCGUAUUAAGGUUUGGAAUUGAUAACUAUUUAAGAAAUCUUAGAAGUAUGUAUAUGUUUGUGAAUAAUAGUUUUUAAUUUAAACAGCUUCAACUCCAAUCCCUACUUUUUUUAUGUGAUAAUUUCCAUGUGAAGGACUGGGCUUGAGGUUGUUUAAAGUCUUACACGCAGAAUAUGUCACAUGUAAAUAGGAUUUAUUUUGUAUUCGCGUUUUCUAAAGAAGAUUUAAUCGAUAAAACGAAAAAUAGACGAAUUCUAAUAAAA